CCAUCCUGCACCGAUAAAACAAUCUACGAACUCCUCACAAACAGUAAAUCCACCACCAUCCUCGCGGCCAUCAUCAACGACGACAAAUACCUCAUCGACACCCUCAACACCACAAAUGCAAACAUCACCGUCUUCGUUCCCACGGAUUCGGCCUUUGCCAAAAUCCCCGAAGACGCCCCUAGGGCUUCCAAAGAGUUUAUCCGGAAUGCUAUCCUCUAUCAUGUCCUCCCGGGUGUUUAUCCUGCGCAUCGCAUCUUUGAUGCCCGCACGCUUCCUACGUUUUUGAAUGGGUCGGCUCUGGGCGCAGAUCUUCCUCAGAGACUGGCUGUGCGAGGUGGCGGUGCGAAGACGGGGUUGACGGUGAAUCCUUAUAGUCGUGUCAACGAUGCUGAUAUCACUACCUCAAACGGCCUCAUCCACACCAUAGACUCCAUCCUCAUCCCGCCCCCUCAAUCCCUCACCCUCCUAAACAUCGUCCCUGCAACAUUCAGCACCUUCACACUAGCCCUUCUUCAAACAGGCCUCUCUACAGCCCUAGACACAUCCGCCCACCACGGUGCCACCAUCUUCGCCCCAACGAAUAAAGCCUUCCUAGCCCUCGGCCUCAAAAUAAACGGUUUCCUCUUCUCAAACCCAGGAAGGAAGUACCUACGCGCCUUGAUGAAGUACCAUAUUGUCCUGAACAGGACUCUGUACUCAGAUGUCUUUUACACUGUUGAUGGGGAUGUUGAUUCCUUGGGUGAGGAUGGGUUCACGAAUCUCGACUUGCCUACUCUCUUGGUUGAUCAUAGCUUAGCUGUUGAUGUGGCCCGGCGCGGUUCCGAGAUCUCGAUGAGGGUUAAUGGAUUCCAGUCGGUGGCAUUUACGGAUGCAUUGGCCGAGGAUGGGGUUGUGCAUCUGCUUGAUACCGUUUUGAUUCCACCUAGAAAACCCAGUGAUAGCUCCAGUGAUGCUUCAGCAUUGACUAUUGAGGAGCUGAAAGAUCACUUAAGUGAUUGGGUUGCGGAACACGAUGAUGUGGGGUCU